GUAAUACUGGUCACGUGAUACUGGUCAGCGUCAGUGGAUACCUCUUUUUGACAGGUGUCAGUUAACCAUAACAUGAAUGUACAAUAUCAAAGACGUACGCUGUCAUGAACCAAGACUGCAAGACUUGGUCGACUAAUUCGCUGGAGUAUGGCCGCCAUGUUGCACGACUUCGUCGUCGGAUUCAUUGCGCGACGCCGGAUUCGACAUCGUCGGAUUCGGAGUCGUAGGGCGCACGCGAUCCAUGCCGCUGGCCAUGUUGACCAUGAAAAAAGAGUUGCAUUAUGUGGUUCCGUUCUUAUAGUUAUAGUGCGUGGCUUAGUGGACCUUCGGGUCGCCAGGGCUGCGCUAUUAAAUUCACUAAUAGGCUAAAGGACAAAGAAAAGAGCAGGGAAUGGUCUAACAUAGAAAAGACACACAGAAAACGAUCAUGGUCUGCAGAGUCCUAUAAGGGAAAGAAGAAAAGCAAAGCAAAACAAAGAGAAGCGAAGCGAAGCAAAGCAGCAACGCACUGCACCACAAAGCACCGCUCCGCACCGCCACCGCCACCGCAAAGCAACGCAACCCAAUGCAACGCAGCGAGUCCUCAUAUGAACCAAGUCAACCAACAUGAACAAAGUGAACCAGCAUGUGAACCAAGUGAACCAGCAUAUUAACAGAGAGCCGAGUUUCUGUCGCUAAAAAAGAAGACCGGAGUUGGCUGUUGGAAUGAAUUAGAUGAUGGCUGACGCAUUCUUACACAGUUUCGUUUCCUUUGCUGGCACCACGCUCAUACAAAGCAUCAGCUACAACAGAAUUUUAAAUUUAUUUCACUUUAGUCACGCUUUGUGCCCAUUUGCGCGAAAAAAGAUACCCAGAAGGAACCCAUACCAAUCUUCAAUCGAUCUUUCGAAAACAGCUACGCAACUAAUGGUUCGCAGAAUGGUUGGAAGCACCGCUUUCGCAGAAUUUUGUGGCCAUAUCAUUUUCAGCUUCACGCGAAGUGUGGCCGAACACUACAAUUUUGAUGAAGCGGAGCAUACCUCAGAUCUGUUUGGCUACAAUCCUCUUGAUGACAAAGGGACUGAGUGGUAUUGCCAGCCUGUGGAUGAGGUUAUUUUCCAAGAAUACAGCAACAAAGAAACAACAUCACUAGAUUAUCUCGCGUCUAGUAAUAUUGACGCCAGGUUUAUAGACGCAAGCUCGACAGAAGACAAGGAAGAAACAACACAGGAACCGCCGGAAGAUAGAGCAAUGGCCUGGAAGCGGCUUAGACCAUCGAUAUGGCGCACAGUUUGGAAUUCAUUGCUGUUUGGAUUUCUGAUGUCCGUUUUGACUGCCGCCGUUGUUGGAAUAAUCUGUAUUCUCCUCUACUAUCUCUGUUAUCAGACAAGGCUAAAUUGCGAAGGCAAACCCAAAGAAGCGAUCCCCAAAAACCUUCAAUGGAUUAGCACCGUUACAGAAACUGUCUGUUCCUUCAUGCUGUACUGCUGGUUUUUCCUUAACUCAUUGUUCUUUUUUCGGCCGUUUCAAAUAUGGGGUCUGAAGCUUAAAAUUUUCCUGCUAAGUUUGUCUUUCUACUGUUUGGCUGCAGGGUAUCGAAUUGCCAUUCAAUCCCUUGGAAUCUCACAUUCCAAGUUGUCAACUACACAAAGAAUUCCGCUAAAUGUUUUGUUUCUGUCAUGUGUCUGUUUACAGGUGUACAAUUUUUCCAAGCAUUUAGUUAACGGUCCAAGAAAAAAACUGUUCAGGCUGUUCGUACUUUUUGGAGUCCCAUGCAUGUUGACAUUUGUUGUUGCUCUUCUGGUAGCCUAUUUUAUCUAUCCAGCUUACAGCGAGCAAGACAAAGCUGGCAGAUUAUUAAUAGCACUAUUUACACCUCUCAUUGCAGUGUUUCUCAAAGGCAUCUCUCGUAUUUGUGUCCAGCGUUUGUGGAAGAUAAGCCAUCCGGGAACUUCAUUCGUACUGUUGUCACCGCUGUAUUGUGGGUCAGCGGUGUUGCUAAGGCUUUUACAAGUGGAUCUAAGCAGUUUGGAAUCCGUUGCGCUGAUUGGCCUAAUCCAUGGCAUUGCUGAAGUCGUAGAACGCAGCACAAUAGCUUUGAUUGAUCACAUUUAUAAUCAGGUCUGGGAGAGAAGACUAGUUGCCUGGGGAGGUUUUCGUACUCCUCGUUGUGAGCGGCUUGCAGCAGAUAUCGCCAUUAUGAGCGUGGUGUACGAAGCAAGUGCUGUCAUCUCUGCAAACGGCUUCUUGUACUUGUACCAAUAUUAUUACACGGAGAACAAUUCUCCCCAAGAGCUGCCGCAGUCUUUCGCACUCAACACCUUAGUGCCCUUGGCUAUUGAGUGGUUUUUCACAAGCCUAUCGUUUGCUAUUGAAACCRGUUACCUUAAUGUCCCUGUAAUAGCUGUAUGGCGCAAAAGAUGGAGGAGACAUAUCCUGGUAGCUAUAGUAAACUCAGUGGCCAUCACCCUUUGGGUGAGCACAACUCUUGUAAUUGCUGUAGAAGGACGUUUUAGUAACGUGACUAAAGUCCACUGCGAAGUGCCAUUCAGCUAACCAGUUUUCAGUUGUGAUUACCUCUGAGGUAUAGAAACUGAAUGACUGAAACACGCUUUAGCAAAGUUUCGUUCGAAUCCGUCACUUUACCCACGAGAAGAAAUGUUGAGUAAGUCUCAUCUCACAGUCGCUUUUGGUGCCGUUAAUACGAUCAAAGAGGGUUCCUGCUUACUACGGUUCCGGUGAACGACUGCGAGAAACACUGUAGACUUUCGGUUUUCAAGGUCAGCGCACGUGUUAACUAGCGAAUUUGUUUAAGAGGAAUGAGUAGCACGUCAUUAUCGCAAUGGCUACCUGUCCUACCUAACGUAAAAUUUUCUGAUACAGUAGUACAUGCAGGGUUAAGCGGCUGGUUUGUCACCUGGGUCAAAGUUUGGUUCCCGCUGGGUGUUACUUGUGACAGCGAUUGAAAUGUGCAAUUUGUAUAUAAGGUUUUUAGUGAUGCAGUAAAUGAGAUGAUUAAUGAAUAUCGUUCCGCCGGUAGAAUGAAAUGUAUUCCAAAAACACCCAAUGUUACAACACCAGGUCAGCCGUUGACAAUAAGAUGUUAGCUAUUCAAAUGUCGUAACAAUUCAGGGCCUCGUCAUCCUGGCUUCGUUCAUUUCACGGUAGUCGAGUAAGACUUCAGAAUAAUUUAAGCAAUAUUGUAAGGCAAGUGUGUUAACAGGCUAUGUACGUUUAAAAACAAAUUGGAACUGGAUCAUUUAACGAAUAAUAAUUUUUUAAUCAAGAGAAAUGUCUAAUACCUACCUAAAUUUCACCUGUGUUUUUUUUUAUACUAAAGUUCACAUUGCAGACGUCUUUCGAAAAAUAAGUAAUAAAAUAAAAACUAUAAACAAUAAAUGAUAAAUUAAUCGCUGACAUUGUUAAACCCCCGACAUUUUACCCUCGAUCCUCAACAAAACCUACACUCUCAUCUGGUGCUCCGCGAGAACGAUACGAUACGAUAACUUUAUCUAUACAUAGUUUUUCAGGUAUUUCCAUCAGUCUAUUUAUGACCUAUCGAAUACAUCUAAGAGGAUCCCCGAAAUUCUAUGCUUGGAGUAAAACUUUUCAGGCCAAGAGGUACAGUCCACUCUUGGUCGGCCUUAUAGGAAGAACGAAGCGACUAUAAUACAGACGAAGGCGAACUGAAACUGGCAUAACAGCUAGCGUCUUAAUCUUACGGACGUGUCCACAGCACAGUCAAUAUUAAUCAUGCCAUUUGGAGCUCCGUAUUACAAUGCCAUUGGAUAGAAUCGAAUACCACACAUUUACUUUAACUCACUCGAGAUUCACGUCUCCUAAAACGCAUGAAUUAACCGGAAUAUAGAAAUUUUUUGUUUCCAUC